CCGCUCCAAGCAACGCAUUCAUUCAGCAAACGACGACCAUGACAGCGGCAGGUCCAUCCACAACUAGGGCUUCUUCUCUGAUCAGCACCAACAAACCUCUGUCUGACUCUCAGAAACGUGCGUUUGCGACAAUCGCCGAAGAACCGGCAUUACUGCAUCACGAAGAAAUUGUGUCCCAUAAAUCUCCAUACGACCUGAAAGCAUGGUGGCAGUACCUGGAUGAUAUCGAUUCUCUGAUUCAAGAUGUCAGUGGUCCUGCGUUAAAGCACAAACAACCACCAUUGUGGCAUGUCCGUAAUUUUGUGGGCAAACGCAGUGUUGCGGCAUUGCCGGGAUCGUACAAGUUGUGGAAACAUCACUGGGAGUUUGUGUUACGACGAUACAAGAACAGCAGCACGGAUGCUACUACAACUACUAGCAGUAUGAGUGCCAUGGAAGUGCUGCAAUGUUUUGAAACGGCGCUGCGAACACUGCACAAAUUUCCACGAGUCUGGAUGGAGUACAUUCAGUUUGUCUUGUCGCUCCCAGAUACCGUCAUUGCCGUGCCCACCAUGACAACGACAACAAUCAGCAAUACUACUGGCAGCACUAGUAGUGCGAGAAUGACCAAGACGACGUUUCUACGACAAUUGGCCAAUCGAGCCUUACAAGCUCUUCCCAUUACACAACACGAAGACAAACUAUGGCCCAUCCUGCUCGAGUGUUGGAAAGACGAUGCCGAAUUGAAUGACUUUUUGGCCGAUGACGAUGACGACGACGACGAUGAUGCGGUAUUGAAUAAUAACAAUACAAAUAACGACGACCCCUUGCGCGUCGAAACACGCUGUCGUCUCUUGAAACGAUACGGAAUGCUACAACCCACUUUUCAGGCCACGUUGUGUCAAGAAUACAUUCAACAUGCCAAAUGGGGAGAAGCCGCGCUGCUUUAUCAGCACAUGUUGCAGACCGCCACACCGGCCGUACAAGAUACGCCGCAAUAUUAUCAAUGGUGGAAUGCCUUGGCCGAUUUGUGCACCACACAUCCUGCCGAAGUAGAACAAGCCGGUGUGCCCUGGGAAGCCAUGGUACGAGCGGCCGUGGCCAUGGACUCGACCACAACAAAAACUGCAGCGGCAACAACACAAUCGUCCGUCUUGCAAGAAAUGAGAGGACUGUUGUGGUCCAAAUUGGCAGAUUCAUGGAUUCGAAGAGGAGAAUUCGAUUUGGCAAGAUCCGUGCUCGAAGAAGGAAUGGAAUCCGUGUCCCGUGUCCGAGAUUUUACCAUUCUAUUUGAUGCUUAUUUGCAAUUCGAAGAGGGACUUUUGGAAAAUUUAACCGAACAAAUGAAUGACGACGACGACGAACAAGAAGAAGUUGCGGCGGAUGAUCAAGAUUGGGAUAUCUUGUUGGGAACUACCAACAGCAAAAAGGACAAGGACGACAAACCGGCACAGUCCAUGGCGGAUCUGGAAUUGGCAUUGGCGCGAGCGGAACACUUGACGGCACGACGACCCAUUCUUCUCAAUCGAGUGCUAUUGCGACAAAAUCCAAACAAUGUCAGUGAAUGGCUCAAUCGAAGUCAACUUUACGUCAAACAAAAGGAACCCAUCAUGGCAGUCGCCGCUUUGGAAGAAGCACUCAAGACGGUACAUCCCAACAAGGCCAAUAAUGGAAAACCAAAUGCCAUUGUCACGGAACUCGUCAAAUUAUACGAAGAACGAUCGGUUGCCAAGGCACGGGAUUUGCUGGAUCGAAUUUGCAAUCAACACGAAUAUCCAUUUGCCAAGGCCGAUGAAUUGGCCGAAUGCGUCGCGGCAUGGGUCGAACUGGAACUACGACAAGAGGCAUGGGACGACGCCUUGUCGAUUGUUCGGAGUGCCGUGGCACCCGUGGCACAUCGCAAUCGCAACAAAGGUGGACACAACAACAACAAGAGCAGAAACUUGACCAAAUCUUUGCGAUUGUGGGAUCUUUUGUUGGAUUUGGAGGAAUCGCUGGGGACCGUGCAAUCCGCCAAGGAUGCCUACAACCGAUCGUUCGAAAUCAAAGUGGCAACGGCGACGCAUGUGCUCAACUUUGGGGCCUUUUUGACCGAGCACAAGUACUUUGAAGAAGCCUUUUCCGCCUACGAACGAGGCGUCGAGAUGUUUGCCUUUCCGCACAAGGCUGCCAAGACCAUUUGGAAGGCGUACAUUGAAGCAUUCCUUAAACGAUACAAGGGAAGCAAAGUGGAGCGGGCCCGAGAUUUGUUCCAACGAUGUGUCGAUGCCUGUCCGCCCGAAGAUGGUGUCUCGGAGUUUUUCAUGAUGAGCGGAGGGUUUGAAGAAGAGUAUGGGUUGACCAAACGCGCCUUGAACGUCUAUAGUGACAUGUGCAAGAAGGUACCAGCCGAAGAAAAGUUUACCGCCUAUCAGUUGUAUAUCGCCAAGACUACCAAGUAUCUCGGCUUGACAGCAACACGCGACAUUUACCAAGAAGCUAUUGAAGUGCUUCAGGAUACUCCCGCAGCCAAGCUCUGUCAGGACUUUGCCAAGAUGGAGACAUCCUUGCAAGAGAUUGCCCGCGCCAGAGCCGUCUUGACGUAUGGUUCUCAAAUGGCCGACCCGCGCAUCAAUCCAGAGUAUUGGAAAUCAUGGAAUGAGUUUGAGGUUUCCUACGGCAAUGAAGAGACCUUUCGUGAAAUGCUAAGGAUCAAACGAAGUGUGGAAGCUGCCUUUUCGACGGUCAACUACAAUGCUGCCGACAUGAGUGCUGCAAGCAAAGUUGGCAAUCUGACCAACGAAGAGGCCAUGAGCAUGAUUGCUAGUCGGGAGGGUGUGGAGGUUCAAGAGCAGGGCAAGUCCACAAUUUCUGGUUUUGUCAAGGGCAAGCGCGUGGCAGAAGUGGCCAAUCUGGAUCAGGUGGAAGAGCGGGUCGCCAAGUUGCGGAAAGCAACCGGUGCCGCCGAAGCCGCGCAAUCAUCUGCAGCUGCCACUGAGAACAACAAUGGUGGCGGCGGCGAUGAUGAAGAGAUUGAUAUCGAUGACGUGGAAGACGAAGAAGAGGAGGACGGAGAGGAAGAGAAGGCAGAAGAGAACGAGAAAGAAGCCACGGAUUGUCCCUCCAAGCCAUUCAAGGGCAUCACAACCAAAGCGGUCCCAGCAGCAGUUUUCUGUGGCCUUGUACCGGAGGGUGAUUCGAAAGAGGGUGGAUCAAGUAAGCAGGGGGCGCUGGAACGACUUCGGGCAGCCGCAGCUUCCAAAAAGUAGUGGCGGAUCACUUACUUGACGAGGAAGAGUUGGUUGAUCAAUGCAAGAGUAUGUUUUACAUUAGUUAGGAGUUUAGUUAAUAGAAGCAUCGUGAUGUGGU